ACUUUCACAUCGCAUACGACAAUCUUCGCGUUUCGGCGGGACGGAGAGCGAGAGCGAGAGCUGAGUAAGGUCUCAAAGUUCCAAAAAUGGCGGAUUCAACCGAAGAACUGGAGCCCUUGUUUGAUUACAGCCGCGUCCAGCCUUUCGAUGUCGUGUGCAUCGACGAUGAGGAUGAUGUGGAUUCAUCUCAAGCUUUCUCUUCUAAUAAACGGAGGAAGAUUUCUGAACCUAUUGUUGUUGAGGAUGCGGAGGAAAACACGAAAGUAAUAAAAAUUGUAGAUUGUGAAGAAAACAAAGAGUUGGAUUGGCUACCACCGCCACCCAAGGUUUCCGGUGACGUUCAGAAGUUGCUUGGGGAUAAUUCUACUAUAAAGGAGUUGAGGUUGAGGAAGCAAGAGCUUGUCACAUUUGCAAAAUCAGCUGAAGAUGUGUUGCGAGCUGUGGAGGAGUCUGCAAAAAGAGAAAUUGGUAGUUCAAUGCAGUCUUCUCUGGAGGCUGUCACUGACCAACCAUCAAAGCCUCCUUGUGAAAGAGUUAAGAUAGUUAUUUCUGUUCAGGAUAAGGAUGGGCACAAACAAUUUCGCAUGUACAUGGAUGACAAAUUUGAGCGGCUCUUCAAAAUGUAUGCGGAUAAAGUUAAGCUUGAUAUACAGAACUUGGUAUUUUGCUUUGAUGGGGAUAAAAUAAGUCCGGCAGCAACCCCUGAUGGACUUGGUAUGGAGGAUGAAGACAUUAUUGAGGUGCAUGUUAAGUCAAGCUGAUUGAGGUUUAUGCUUCAAUCAUGGUGCUUGAAUCAACUUUGUGUUGCUUUUGGGAUAUAGAUCCGGCCUUCAGUACAACAACUAUAGUUCUUAUUUUUUUGUUUGUUGGUUGUGCAAUAUUUGGCCUUCAAUUGUAUAGUGUCAUGGAUAGUUUUGAAAUUAUGCCAUCAACAGUUUGUGCCAUAAGCUCUUGAACGACAUUGAGAAAAGAGAAGAGUAUCAUUGUCUUAUGAGUACCCUUGUAAUUCUUAUUACUAGCUUAUGGCUUUUUUGAUCGGUUGGUGGAAUAACGCAAUAAUUGUCUAUGUAGAUGCUCUAUUCUAUUGCACAUCUACAUAUUGUAUCUUUUGGUUGGACAAUUUUUACUUACGAAAAGUUUGAAAUU